ACAUUUCUUGGAGUGGGUAGAUGAUAUUUGCAUCAUUUGAUCUUUGUGAGGUUAUAUUUGUUUCCUUUUUCCUCUGGAAUAUGAAGAUCUCUUCUUAAUUCACUACUGAAAGUAAUAUAAUUUGGCUCUCUUAUUUUGUAUCUUAUUCUAUAGUAUGCCAUUAGAAAUUGCUUUGAUUAUAUGUAUUUGCCUUUCUGCCUUGGCUUAGUUCAAGAAAACUGGUUAUUUCUUGAUUUAAGAGCGAGUAAAGUUAUUUUCUGUGUGCCUCAAAUGGAAAGGUGCCGUCCCCUUGCACCUUUUGUGCCUUAUGUUAGUGUGUGCCUGUGCUUUGCCCUUGUGUGUUGCCUCUUGCCUAAAAGACCGCUUAAGUGUCUAGGUGUGCCUAGUGCAUUUAAAUCACUGUGUGACAACAUGAUGAAAAUUUUGUACAAACUAGUUUUCUGCAUAACUUUGUAAUGAAGUUGUUCAUCAUCCUAAGGCUUAACUGAUUAGUUUCCUGAACAGUAAAUGGGGAUGGAAUAGUAUUUCACUCUUGAUUGAACCAAUUGGAAUGUGGCUAUGAGUUCUUGCCCAUAUUUGAUCUUAUCUUAGUAAUUUAGAAUCUUUAGAGCCACUUUGAUCAUGCUAUGCCUAUGUCUUUCAUUGCUAUUCAAUUUUCUGUUUUAACACAGUAUUCACUUUCCUUUCCAGUAUUCAGCAAAUAGCAGAUGGUUGUUUAAUAUGGGAGGGGUGGUCUAGUACUGCAUUAGCCCAAAGACAUGAAACAUCAAAUAGUUUGCAGAUUAUCUUGGAGCCAGAGGGUUAGUUUGUUAUAAUAAAGGUUAAGGCAGGAUCGUCGAUGAUGGGAUGUGACUUGUGAGCCAUUUUCCAAGGACCUAUAGAUGGAUUACAAUGGUCCAUUUUCAGAGAUUCUGUUGAGCUAUUGCCUUAAUGGAGAUGAUUUUUGCUUGAUGUGUGGAGCUCUAGAAAUAAAUGUGAAAUUUUGUAAUUUUAGGUCUCUUCAUUUUUUGUUUUGUUUUGUUUUGUUUCAUUAUUUUCUAAGUUUGUAAAUGGAAAGAAACCUUACUUGGUCAUGUCCGGGAAAAGUGACAUGAGCACUGCUAGGAGCUAGUGCGCUUGAACACUCUUACAUUAUGACACGUUAUUUUGCUAAAAGAGAUACUGGAUACCGCGUUAACUAGGGCUGGGCGCGCGGGUGACAACCACACC